UCUUCAUUGUGCCUCCAUUUCAAAUCUUGCUCCAACGGUCUUUUUUGUUUCUGCUCCGAAACACUGAAACUCUGCUCUCUGUCUUUCCUCUUCUUUCUGCAAUUUAUUAUCAUGCGCAAGGCAAAAGCUUCCAACCUCUCCAUUGAGCGGCAAAAUUGGGAGAAAAUUUUUAAUGGAAUGGUUAACAUGUUACGCUCUCAGCAACAACAGCUUUUGUCCCUCGCCAGCGAGCGCAAACUUCUUGAAGAUCGCAUCCGAAUGCUACACGAAGGAUGGGAAUCUGAUAUUCGUCUUUAUAAGGAUCAAAUUUCUGAGAUGAAGGGAGUUUCAAUUUUUGAAGAGAAGAGACGACUACUAGACGGGGCGAAAGCAGAGUUGUUGCUGGGUUUAAAGCAGAGAGAGGUUUCUAUUCUCAAUUAUCUUUUAGAACACCAAGAAGAUGAGUUGGCAGAUUUUAAAGCUUGGUUUGAAUUCCUUUCUCGGCAGUUAUCUGAUGCAGAAGACCAAGGGAAAAUAUGUCAGGAUACUGGCAAGAGAAAGAAAGGAACCACAGAUAGCGAGAGCAAGUCUCUUAGGAGGAAGUCUGUUAGGAACAUGGCACAAGCAGAGAACUGCUCCAACGAAUUGGAAGCUGAACUGAAAAGGUUAAAGCGAGAGUAUGAGAUUGCUUUGGGAACUAAUUCUAAGGCAUCAGCACUCUUGACAGAAAAGGAAUUUGUAUGGAACCAGUAUAAAAUAAUGGAGAAUGAGUACAUGAAUAAAUUAAGAAGCAAACAUCGUGAAUUGGAACUAGCAAAUGAGAAGAUAGAGAAACUUGUUUCGAGUAUGGAGCAACUGCACUCAGCAAAGGACGAGACUAUUUCAGAGUUAGAAAGUAAAGUGGGUACUAUGGAAGAUGAAAGGAAGAGUUUAAACGGAAAAUUAUCAAAGCUCUCGGAAGAGUUAGAGGCAUUAAGGAAGUCAAGUAACACACAAGUCACACCGAUUUUAAAUCCUUGCACAGCAAGGACUAAAGGUUCUGGCUUACGAUGCAAUACUGGAAAGAGUAGUAGUCGUUUCAAGAGAGAAUUAUCUGUUCCCAAGGCUGCUGAUCCUGCAACAAGCUGUGGAAAGGUUAACAGAAGCUCGAAGAGGAAGAGGGGUCCAGUUAUUCCGGAUUCCGCGACCCCAAAAUUGUUCUCUUCCGAUUUCAAGAUUCCAAAACUGAAAAUCCUUUCUCCAAACAUCAGAUGAAAUCUAAAAUUACCAUUACACUCUUUUUUUUUUUUGAAAAAAAGAAUGUAUUUUUGUUGUACAAUCAUUCUUUGACGACCCAUGCUUAUGUAAAUUAUGUAUCAGCCUAUAGUUUGCGACUGACUUGCUUAUUAAUAUUUUGAUGUGCGUGGUUAUUUAGGUCAUUUUAUUGGGUGUGCGGCUCUUGCAAAAUGCCAACAACACUAACCUUAAGUCUCAUUGUGUAUCAAGAGAUUGCUUGUUUGAGGAUGAAAACAAAUAGUUCAUUUAA